AUGGUUACUAUCACCGGCUACAUCUCCCGCGAUGUCCGCUUUCCUACCUCGCUGGAUAAAACCGGCUCGGAUGCUAUGAAUGCUGCUGGAGAUUACUCUGCCGCUUAUUGUAUUCUUUCGACGGAGACGGAUCUUAAGGGACAUGGAAUGGCGAGUAGCCCUACCUUCACAAUUGGUCGUGGAAACGACAUCGUCUGCCGCGCAAUUGAAGCUUUCGCCGACAGAAUAAAAGGCCGAACCCUCGAGUCACUUAUCUCAAACAUGGGCCAAACCUGGCGCUACCUAGUCAACGACUCCCAAUACCGUUGGAUCGGACCUGAAAAGGGAGUUACACACCUAGCUCUCGGUGCUGUUGUCAAUGCCAUCUGGGAUCUUUGGGCAAAGUCAGUGGGGAAGCCAGUGUGGAGACUUGUUGCCGACUUUACACCGGAGGAGUAUGUGAGGUGUAUUGAUUUUAGGUAUAUCACUGAUGCUAUUACGCCUGAAGAGGCGGUAGCUAUGUUGAAGGAGACUGAGGAAGGAAAGGCGGAGAGAAUCAAGACUGCGGAGAAGAAUAGAGCGGUGCCGGCUUAUACUACUUCUGCUGGGUGGCUGGGGUAUGGGGAGGAGAAGAUGAAGGCUUUGUUGAGAGAAACGAUUGCACAGGGUUAUAGACAUUUCAAGUUGAAGGUUGGAGGAAAUCUGGAAGAGGAUAAGAGGAGGUUGAGGAUUGCUAGAGAUGCGAUUGGAUACGAUAAGGGAAAUGUCCUGAUGGUUGAUGCUAACCAGAUCUGGUCUGUUCCUGAAGCCAUCGAAUGGAUGAAAGAACUCGCCGAGUUUAAGCCAUGGUUCAUUGAGGAACCAACCUCUCCAGAUGAUAUUCUCGGCCACAAAGCUGUCCGUGAUGCUCUCAAGCCCUACGGAAUCGGUGUCGCCACCGGCGAAAUGGUCCAGAACCGUGUUAUCUUCAAACAGCUCCUCCAAUCCGGCGCCAUUGACGUCUGCCAGAUCGAUGCUUGCAGAAUCGGUGGUGUCAACGAGGUUAUGGCUGUUUUACUCAUGGCCAAGAAGUUCGGCGUUCCAAUUGUUCCACAUUCUGGCGGUGUCGGUCUUCCAGAGUACACACAGCAUUUGUCGACGAUCGACUAUGUCGUCGUUUCUGGCAAGUUGUCGGUUCUGGAGUAUGUUGACCAUCUCCACGAGCAUUUCUUCUAUCCUUCGGUUAUUCAGGAUGGAUACUACACUACUCCCACGGCGCCUGGGUACUCUGUUGAGAUGAAGCCGGAGAGUAUGGAGGCCUAUGGCUUCCCCAACGGUAGCUGGUGGAAGAGUGACGAGGCUAAAGUUAUCACAGAAGUCAAGGAGAAGAUCUAG